UCAUUAAUUUCAGCCACCAAAAGUUAGGAAGUUCGUACCCUCUCCUCUAUUUAACUUCAUCUUCUUACCUGUCUCUUCACAUGCCAAAAUUAACCCUUCAAUUUCACCCAAAGCCUGCAAGACCAAAUUACUUCACACCAACAAAAUGAUUCCAACCACUGCCACCGCCGUCACCAUCGCUUUACUCCUUGCACUGGCUUCUUGUGCCACAUCUGCGCCAUCUCCGGCACCGGAAACUGCCGCGGCUCCGGCGCCGGGAGUCGAUAGCUGCUUCUUGGCACUGACAAACAUGUCAGAUUGCCUUACCUUUGUGGAAGAUGGGAGUAAUUUGACACAGCCGGACCAAGGGUGCUGCCCCGGGUUGGCAGAGUUGAUCGAUACCAACCCGAUUUGUUUGUGUGAUUUGCUUGGUAAACCUGACGCCAUUGGAUUAAAGAUUGAUUUGAACAGAGCCUUGAAGCUACCUUCAAUUUGUAAUGUCUCCACUCCUCCUGUUAGCGCCUGUGCAGCUGUGGGAGUCCCGGUGUCCUUGCCUCCAUCAAGUAGUGAAGGUUCUCUUUCACCAGGUAUUGCACCAGAAGCCCCUAGUCCUUCAAAUAAUGCUGCUUCUAGUCCUGGUGGUCCAGCACCUUCUUCAGAUGCUUCUACAAGCCCUACUGGAAGCAUAAAUGGAGUUUCAGCCAUUAAAGCUUCUGCUUUGAGAAACUUCAUUUUUGGCUUGUCUACUCUCUUUGCCUCUUCAUUCUUCUGAUUUUAUACACAUUUAUUCUUCGUGUCAUUAUUUUAGUGGUUGGUUCUUUUAUUUCCUCAUUAUUUGUGUAUUUUGUGAGCCACUUUCACUGAACUUUUUGUUGUAAUUUAAUGCACUCUUCUGAUUAUUACUGUCAUUGUUUGUAGUGAACACCACACUUUAAUGGCUUCUUCCUUGCA